AUGGCGGAGGAAGAGAAGCCAGUUGUUGCCUUUUUAGGGCCAGAGGGUAGUUAUACACAUCAAGCCGCCCUCACUGCCUUCCCCGCCUCGUCUAGUCCCGUAACCCUCCAGCCCGUCACCCAAAUCGAAGACGUCUUCUCCGCUGUGCAGCUCAAGACCGCUCACCGUGGCGUCAUUCCGUUUGAAAAUAGCUCAAAUGGCAGCGUAGUCUUUACCCUCGACCUCUUUGCCGACGUAGCAGGCAAAUACCCCGACGUACUAGUUUGUGGGGAGGCAUAUGUAGCUGUACGACAUUGUCUGUUAGGGAAUUCGAAAUCCCUCAAAAACAAGACUGCGAGAGAUGGAAGCCCCGAAAAUAAAAAAGAACAAGACUUGACACACAUCAAAACCGUCUACUCCCAUCCCCAAGCCUGGGGCCAGUGCAAGUCCUUCCUCUCCACCCACCUCACCCACGCCGACAAACAAGACGUAAGCUCCACAUCGCGCGCCGCCGAACUCGCCAGCCAGGACCCCUCCGGUACCUCAGCUGCCCUCUCCAGUAUCAUGGCCGCCGACCUCUUCCACCUCGACGUGCUAGCCGAAGGCAUAAACGACAAAUUAGGAAAUACAACUCGCUUCCUCAUCAUCCGUAAUAAAACUACACCACCAUCCCCUCCUUGCUCAUCGUCUCUCACCUCAGCCCACGGCCGCAAAUCCGACAUCCGCGACGACGCCAUUGCCCACGCAGAACCAACAGAUGUGCUCGAAAAGGCAAAAUGGAAAUCCCUCGUUACUUUUACCGUCGAGCAUUCUAAUCCCGGCGCGCUGGCGAGCUGUCUGAUGGCGUUUUCGCAAUAUGGGAUUAAUCUGACGGCGAUUAAUACGAGACCGAGUGGGGUGAGGAAUUGGAAUUAUGUGUUUUUUGUAGAGUUUAGAGGGAGGAAGGGAGAUGAGGAUGAGGGCGGGCAUGAGGAGAGGGCGGUUAAUAAGGCGUUGGUGGGGUUGGAAAAGGUUUGUAGGGGGUAUCGAUGGCUGGGCAGUUGGGAGAAUAGGCUGGAGGGUGAGGGUGAGGAGGAGGAGCGUGUGUGA